UGCCAUUCUCUCAUCCUCACAAGCGGCAUUACCUCAAGUACACCAGUUAGUCGGUAGCGGAUUGUCGAUUGUAAAAGACUAGCAAGAACAACAGCGUACUGUUGGAAGUUGGUGGCGGACACCGCUGGUUGUAAUUUGCGAGUGAUUUUUGGACGAUCUUCUGCUUCUUCUUCUGGUUUCGUGGUCGGUGGACUUCUCGCCGUUAUAUUUUUUGUGUUAUUUCCGCAUCAAGUGCAAUCUUAGUGACGAUUUAAGUAUAGGAUUUUAGUGGUUUUUACUGUGGUUACAAUACAAAGAAUAUAACAAUGAACACCAUUUUGUGCUUGGAGUGUAACACCUGACAAAGGUCGUCAACUAUGGGGCGAGAACAUAUUUUAUAAACGGGAGACAACUUCUACUGGCUGAAUAUGGGCUCUUCUACAAGGCUACCGGUCAAUAGGAUAUUUAAAGACGUUUUAAAAGGAGCAACAUGGGUCAUAAUUCGGAUGGUAAUUCUUGUUUGGUUGGUAUUAUCGGAAUGGUCUCCAAUUCUGACAAACGCCGCUAGUUCACCAAAAAGGAAAGACCAAGCGUACCAAAUUAACCCGAAGCCUUGUUGGGUGGACGGACAGGAGGGCACUUGUAUGUUUGUUUACGAAUGUAUAAAGACUGAAGGUUACCAUAUAGGUAUGUGUGUAGACACGUUCAUGUUUGGAUCGUGUUGUGCGCACAACUCAACACAGAAUACAUUGCUUCCGCCUCAGCAACAGCAUCACUCCAACAAACCACAAAUUCUUUAUACUCAUUCAAGUUCUAGUCCUAGUCAAAGUCAAAAUAGUCAUAGCAAUAACUAUAAUAAGCCAACCAAACCACUUAGUCAUUAUAUUAGUACUAGUAGACCUAAACCAAACAGGAUAUUUUACAGCCACCAGCAGGCCAGUAAUUCCACUAGAUCGUCUUUAGCGACACCUUCUCCAACUUUAGCAACGUCCACCAAUCAGAAACCAGACCAUUCCUGGAGGAUAUCGACACCACCUCCUAGGCACAGUAUACGACCGAUGAACACUGAAGAUGAAUUCACCCUUCAAGCCAAUCUGAUUUACACCAAACCUGGCUGGCAAAUGACGACCGAGCCUGCGUUCAUAACAUCCAAUCACAGUACGCAGCAAGGAGAAGUAUCUGGUUUGCUAAACUGGCAGUUGACUACUGAAUCCAGCAUAAUAACUAAACAAAAGAAGCCUACUAAAACUAAAAAUAAGCCUACGAAGAAACCUGUCCAAAGCGUGCCUGAUAAAUAUUUUACAAAAUACUCUUUUAAGCCUACGAAGCCUACAACUACUAAAAGGCCAGAAGCACUGAGGCCCCAAUUGAUUACAUCACUAUCGGAAAAAGUUACACCGAUGCCAACUCAAGUGCCUUCAUCAACUUCUGGUGGUGUAACUAUGUCAACAACCUCAGCAGCUAGUGUUGAUAUACCUUGUGGAGUACCUCAAAUGUUCACCAAACCCCAAACGAGAAUAGUGGGAGGAAAAAACGCACCUUUCGGGCGGUGGCCCUGGCAGGUAUCAGUCAGGAGAACUUCUUUUUUUGGAUUUUCAAGUACACAUAGAUGUGGAGGUGCAGUUUUGAAUGAAAACUGGAUGGCGACAGCCGGACAUUGUGUUGAUGACCUACUUACAUCACAAAUCCGUAUAAGAGUAGGAGAAUACGACUUUUCUAAUAUUCAAGAGCAGCUUCCUUACGUCGAACGGGGAGUUUCACAGAAGAUAGUCCAUCCGAAAUACAACUACUUCACUUACGAAUACGAUCUUGCCUUAGUUCAAGUAGAUAAACCACUGGAGUUCCUGCCACACAUUUCGCCUAUUUGCUUACCUGCCUCUAAUGAUUUACUUAUAGGAGAAAACGCCACUGUAACUGGAUGGGGUAGGCUUAGUGAAGGUGGUACUUUGCCUUCAGUUUUACAAGAGGUUCAAGUUCCUAUAGUAAGCAACGAUAGAUGCAAAAGUAUGUUUUUGAGAGCCGGUAGACAUGAAUUCAUUCCUGAUAUUUUUCUCUGUGCGGGAUAUGAAGGGGGAGGGCAAGAUUCAUGUCAAGGAGAUUCAGGAGGACCUCUGCAGGUAAAAGGAAAAGACGGAAAGUACUUUUUGGCGGGGAUCAUAUCUUGGGGCAUAGGAUGUGCGGAAGCCAAUCUACCAGGAGUAUGCACUAGGAUAUCAAAAUUUGUACCAUGGAUACUUAAAAUUGUGACUUAACAUAAGUCGGUAUUUAGUAUUAAAAAAAAAGUUCCUUAAAAAUUAUUCUCAAAUAAAAGAAAUAAAUGUUUAAAAUUUGAAA